UUAACUACCCAAUGGCUGACGCAAAAGCCAGAAUUGAAAGAAAGAAAAAAAGAGAGGAAAAAAUAUAAAUAAACAAAGCUUUGAAAACAAAAGCGAAGGUCUUCACCGACGUCAGACAGAAAGAGCAGACAAGAUUAAGCAUACUACAAAGACAAUCUCUUCCCUUCUUCUAUUUUGUUAGGAAAAAUCCUCAAUCCUAAACCCUUGAGGAUUCAUUCAUUCUUUUUUUAUUUUAUUUUCUGGGAGGUGAAGUGGGUUUUAUUAGUUUGAUCACUUGGUGCAAGGCUGGGCUUAUACAAUAAACAGGGAUUUAUAACCUUAUAAGAGAGACUGAUAACAUGGCUCAUAGCGCCGCAGCAUGUGCUGAGAGGGCAACCGAUGAUAUGCUGAUCGGUCCAGAUUGGGCUCUGAACAUUGAGCUAUGCGACAUUAUAAACAUGGAUCCAGGGCAGGCUAACGAUGCGUUGAAAAUCCUCAAGAAGCGGCUGGGCAGUAAAAAUCCAAAAAUACAGCUACUAGCUCUUUUUGUACUGGAUUCUCUCAGCAAAAAUUGUGAUGAGCAUGUUUUUCAGCAGAUUGUUGAGCGUGAUAUCUUGCGUGAAAUGGUUAAAAUAGUAAAGAAAAAGCCUGACUUGAAUGUUAGAGAAAAGAUACUUAUUUUGAUAGACGCAUGGCAAGAAGCUUUUGGAGGAUCUAGUGGAAAGUAUCCUCAAUAUUUUGCUGCAUAUAAUGAGCUACAGGCUGCGGGAGUUGAAUUUCCUCCUCGAGAAGAGAACACUGUACCAUUAUUUACACCACCUCAGACUCAUCCCAUAACUCACCACCCUGCUUCAGAAUAUGAUGCUGCUGCUAUUGAGGCCUCUCUACAAUCCGAUGCUUCUGGCCUCAGCUUGCCAGAGAUUCAAAAUGCUAGUGGGCUAGCAGAUUUAUUCAUGGAAAUGCUUAGUGCAUUGGAUCCAAAGACUCCUGAGGCUGUGAAGCAAGAAGUCAUUGUCGACCUUGUUGAUCAAUGUCGUUCUUACCAAAAGCGUGUGAUGCUUCUUGUUAAUAAUACCACAGACGAGGAACUUCUUCUUCAGGGAUUAACACUAAAUGACAGCUUGCAGCGCGUUCUUUCCCUGCACGAUGACAUUCUGAAAGGAAAUACUGUUCCAGCAGGAGCAGGAGCAGUAGCAGAAACUCCUGUUGUGCCGUUUGUUAAUAUCAACCAUGAGGAUGAUGAGUCGGAAGAUGAAUUUGCUCAGCUAUCUCAUAGAUCUUCAAGGGAUAAUUCUCAAGGACAGGGCAGGAAAGCACUUAAAAGUGAGCCUGGUCGAGUUGAUCUUGCUACAAAUGCUAGCAUGGUUGAUUACCUUAGUGGUGAUACCUACAAAACUGAGAAUUCCCCUGAAACAAGAGAACCAGCACCUCAUUCCGUUCGCACUCGUACACACACCAACCCUCUAGCUCCAUCAUCACCUUACCAUUCUGGUGACUCCGGUUCCUCACCCCUGUUCAGCGGACAUCCUGUAUAUGACAAACCCGCUUCCUUGAGCUACUCCACUGAUGCUGAGUUGCUACCUCCAGCACCCUGGGACACUCCUGCGAAAAACAUUCCACCUCCACCUUCAAAGUUUAAUCAGAGACAGCAAUUCUUUAAGCACCAACAUGGUUAUCCUGGCGGUUCUUCUAAUUCCAGUAACGGGUCUGGUUCCUCUUAUGACAGCUUGGUUGGACAAACUCAAAAUCUCUCCCUUAACUCGGCAACUCCAACAAAAGAAGUAAAACCAGAAGAUGCUCUCUUCAAAGACCUGAUUGAUUUUGCCAAAGCCAAGUCAUCUUCAUCAUCCAAGCCCCAACAAUAACAGGUCAUUUUGAUCGUCUAUGAUAGUCAGCUUGGUUUUGGAUGGUACAGCUUGUGAACAGUUAUUAGAUAUUAUCAGGUUUUGUAUUAGAUUGCGAGGUUUCAUGUUAUUAAAUAAACAUGCGUUUACAC